AUGUCAGUUGUGGCACUUCUUGCUAUCUUUUUGCCUCUUGCAUUCAAAGCUCUUGAGAAACUAUGGGGCCGAUAUUCAUCGAUUACUGGUCAGUCAAGGAAUCUGAGAUGGAUUUGCGCUAAGAUCAAGAAAUGGGAAUUGACCUUAAAGUUAAUUCGAAACUAUCACUAUGUGGCUGGAAUUGAUCCCAAUGUGGUUGAAAUUUUGAAAAGAAGAUUAACCUCUGCUACGAAUUAUAUGGAGCAAAUGGAAGAGUCAAUGGAGAAUAGGGAAAAGGCUAGUUGGUUCAAGAAGACCAAAUAUCUUAUCAGCGAUGCAAACUCGAUCGAAGUCAACAUAUGUAGCGAGAUGAUAACUUGGUAUUUGAACGACUUCACAGAACUUACAGAACACUACCAAAGGCAGAAAAUUCCGAGGCCCGAAUUUGGAGUUGUCGACAUAAAAUUCGCCCAGGUUCCCAUUCCUAAUCGGGUUUUGACCGGCUAUUUAAGAACUGCUAUCCCAGCAGCUUCAUCGGGACAAUCGUCACGCCAAGGAACAUCUCAAAACACCCGAUCGCAAGGUUUAACCUCUGACAAUGCAUCUGGUGGAAAUAUUCAAUCGAUUAGUACAACGAGCUCUACACCCACGCCAUCUAGACUGACUCCAUCACCAAGUUUAUCGCGGCAAUGCUCCAGCCAAAAGACGUCUCGCGAUACCAGGUCGCAAAACGUAACCCUUCAAAAUGUUUCAACCAAUUUCUCUCCAUCGACCACAAUUACAAGCCCAACCCCAAUUUCAACUAUCACGCCUAUCGAAUCACAAUCAUUGUCGAUGCCAACCUCCACCCAGAGUACUUCCUCUAGCAUAGAGUCCCAAGCCAGACCCGUUCAAAUCACAGCAAGUCAAGCUCGAUCGACCAAAAUCACGAGCUCAGCCUCAACUCAAGUCACCACUUCUGGUCAAUCGCAAGCAUUAUCGGUAUUAACUUCAAGCCAACAAAGUUCUCGUCCUAUUCCUUCAAGCGUGAAGGAUCUCACUAGUGUUGAUCCAUAG